AAAAAAAAGUGAAAUACUCUUCUUCUUGUACCUUGUGCCAUAUCAAAGACGUAGAGUGCCAAAACGGACCGUACGAAGAAGACAACACCCCCUCACUUUUCUCUCAGACAACAAGAAACCAACCAUUAACGCUUCCAGUUUCCGAUCAAUGAGCACUCCAUUCUAGACUCAUCAACACAGCUGAAAACCGAUACUAGUGUCACUCGUUUCUCGAUCGAUCCAUUUCAUGGCGGUUGUUGAGAACGGUGUGUCGAAUAAUCACGUCGAAUCCAACGAUGUUGACCGGUCAGAGUCGGUUAGGGUUUCUAGGUCAAAUGAUAGGAAUCAGACAAACGGUGUAUUGAAUAGUCACAAAAGUGAUGAGGAUUUAGGUUUUAAGAAAGAAAUUAGGGAUUUGGAAGAAAUGCUUUCCAAAUUGAACCCUAUGGCUGAAGAAUUUGUGCCUCCUUCACUGUCAAACAACAAUGCUUAUAAUCAUAUUAAUAAUAUUAAUAUUAAUGGAGUUGUACUGCAAUCACCACCACCACCACCACCACCUGCUGCUGCUGCUGCUCAAUUUGGUUAUGGUGUUGUUAAUGAAUUCAUGAUGCAAAGUAACCAUACAGGCUUUGGUAACAUCAAUGGUGUUUCAACUGGAAGGAAGAAGGGGAAUUAUGGUAAUGGGAAGAGGAGGUUGAAUAGCCGAACUAACAUGGCGCAACAAGAGGAUGCGAUUAAGAGAACGAUACAUGUAUCUGACAUUGAUCAGCAGGUUACUGAAGAACAACUUGCAGCGCUUUUUGUUAGCUGUGGGCAGGUUGUUGAUUGCCGUGUAUGUGGUGACCCUAAUUCUGUUCUUCGUUUUGCUUUUAUAGAGUUUACAGAUGAGGAAGGGGCAAAGAAUGCAUUAAGUCUUGCUGGGACAAUGCUCGGGUACUAUCCACUUAGGGUUCUGCCUUCGAAAACCGCAAUUGCACCUGUUAAUCCAACUUUUCUUCCCCGGUCUGAGGAUGAAAGGGAAAUGUGUGCAAGGACUAUUUAUUGUACUAACAUUGAUAAAAAGGUUACUCAGGCAGAUGUCAAACUCUUCUUUGAAACAUUUUGUGGAGAGGUUUACAGGUUGAGAUUGCUUGGAGACUAUCAUCAUUCAUCUCGUAUUGCGUUUGUGGAGUUUGUGAUGGCUGAGAGUGCAAUUGCAGCUUUGAACUGUAGUGGGGCAGUAUUGGGGUCAUUGCCAAUAAGGGUAAGCCCUUCAAAGACACCUGUCCGUCCACGUACAACUCGCCCUACCAUGAACUGACACCAUGUCCCGGACUCCCGGCAAUAGCUAUAUUUAAAUAUACGUACGUAGAUACACAGUAAUUGUUUAAAAGUUAUGUUUUUCAUUUGUGUUUUGAAUUUUUGAUGCAUUUUGGAUCCUAAGUAUAUCUAUAGCUUUGGUUUAAUUUGGAACCAUAAAAUUUUGGAUGUUAUUGUCAUCGGAAAUCAUGGUUUGCAGCAGGUUAUCAUUC